AUGAUAGCUGAAUUUGAUUUUAUAAUGCAAGAUCAUGUAAGACGUAUUCAAAGCCAAGAAAUUCACUGUCAUUACCUUGGUCCUCAAAUUCAAAAUGAGCUUAUUUCUCUUUUAGCCCAUGGUGUUCGGACUUCAAUAAUAAAAAUAGUAAAAGAGUCAAAAUAUUUUUCUGUAAUCCUUGAUUGUACCCCUGAUGUGAGUCGUCAAGAACAAAUGACUUUUAUAGUAAGAUGCAUGAAUGUAUCAGAUGAUAAAAUCAAAAUAGAAGAAUUUUUUUUAGAAUUCUUAGAAGUAGAUGAUACUUCUGGAUUGGGACUUUUAAAUGUAUUGUUAAAUGUUUGUAAGUCUCUUGAUUUGGAUAUUGAUGAUAUAAGGGGACAAGGUUAUGAUAAUGGCUCUAAUAUGAAAGGAAAACACCAAGGGGUCCAAAAGAGAUUGCUUGAUAUUAAUCCAAGGGCUUUAUACAUGCCAUGUGCUUGUCAUAGUUUAAAUCUCACUCUUUCAGAUAUGGCACAUUCUUGCAUUAAAGCUAUAUCUUUUUUUAGAAUUGUACAACGCAUAUACACAUUAUUUGCACAUUCCACUAAAAGGUGGAAGAUUUUAGUUGACAAUGUGCCAAGUUUAAUAGUUAAAUCUUUGUGUAAUACAAGAUGGGAGAGUCGAAUUAAGAGUGUUAAAGCUAUAAGAUUUCAAUAUCCUCAAAUUAGAUUAGCUUUGUUGGAAUUGUACAAUUCUUGUCAUGAUGAUGUUAAUAUUGCUAAAACAAAAAGUGAAGCUGAAAGUUUGGCUAAUUCGCUUGCAAAUUUUGAAUUUUUACUUGGCAUGGGUAUAAUCACAUAUUUUGAGAAAUAUAGAAUUGAAGGGUUUGAAGCUAGUUUGGAAAUUGCCAAAAACCUUGCACUUGAUAUGGAUAUAGAGCCAACAUUUCCAACAAAGCGUCGUAUCAUUAGAAAGAGGCAAUUUGAUGAAAUUGAGAGUGAAAAUGAUGAUGAGGAACAAUCACCCGAGGAAUCUUUUAGAGUCAAUUAUUUUUUGGUGGUUGUUGAUAUUGAAAUAUCUUCUUUGAAAAAUAGAUUUGAGCAAUUGGAGGUAUUUAAUAACAUAUUUGGUUUUUUGUUUGAUGCAAAAAGUUUGAAAUCGUUGGAUAAUGAUGAUUUGAGAAAAUCCUGCACAAAUUUUAAAACUACCUUUACUCAUAAUAAUUUUUCUGAUGUUGAUGCAGAUGAUCUUUUUUCUGAAUUGAAAGUGUUACAAAUGACUUUGCCAAAUGAUUUGAUGUCAACAUUUGAAAUCCUUGAAUUUGUCAAAGCUGCAGAUUGCUAUCCAAAUGUUUUCAUUGCAUAUCGAAUCCUAUUAACUAUGCCGGUAACAGUUGCAUUUGCCGAAAGAAGUUUUUCAAAGUUGAAGUUACUAAAGAACUAUUUGAGAUCGUCAAUGUCACAAGAAAGGUUGAAUGGUCUAUCUACUUUAUGUAUUGAGAAAAAAUGUUAG